UUAAAAAGGGGGCAGUGAAGAAGAUCUUUGAUUCCUCAACACUUCUCUCUCUAUUGCCAGAAAGUUUGCAGCUAUUGGGAUUUGCAAACCUAAACUAAACUGUAUAGCUUUUAAUCUCUUUGUUGUUUUUUUUCAUCUUUUUAUUUGACCUAAUAUAUAGUUUUUAGCAUCAUCAUCAUCAUCAGUAAAUUACAAGGGAAGAUGGGUAGCAGCUAUUUUGGAGAACCAAACGUGGGAAACGAAAGGGGAGCGUCGUCUUCGUCAUCCUCGUCUUCUUCUUCAAGAAAAGGGAAGAAGGGUAGUAAUUCAGAGAAGCCAAAGCAACCCCAAAGAGGGCUUGGUGUUGCUCAGCUGGAGAAGAUCAGAUUACAAGGUCCAGUGGGUUGUACUUACCACCACCAUCCUUCUCUUCAUGGUCGACCUUUCCCUUCAAAUUUCAACCAGGAAGACAUGAGAGUGCAGACACUUUAUUCAUCAAUGGCGUCAUCACCUUCCUCAUCGUCAUCAACUACCUCAGCUUCUUAUGGUUUCCACCCCACCAUGAUGAAGGGGCUUGGGGAAUAUGAUAAAAGACCGAACACCAGAUAUGGUGAUUUCCAAUCUUGUACGACAACAAGUUGGAACCCCGACAAUGGCAGCACUCAACAUUUUGCACAACCAAACCUGACCAGACAACUUCUAAACUUACAUCAUGUGGAGGUUGACAAUUCACAUCCUUAUCAUGAUUCACCACCAAAAAAGAGCAAGAAACAAGGGAGCAAUUCAUUGGGAUCCAGCAGUCAGAAUUGUGAAUCCACACAAGAGCUUGAUUUGGAGCUCAGACUGUCAUUGUAAUCAAUAUAUAUUAUAAAUGCUUGGAGACUGAGUAUUAUGGUUCCCACUUUUAGCAUUGCAAGUUGAAGAUAAUUAAGCAGUACUUGGACUUGCAGUUCACUUAUACAGGUUGAGCAUGUUGAUGAUUUGCUUUAAAUUUGAUUUGAAAGGAAUCUUUCUUGUGUAAUGAGAGGUAGAUUGACUUAUUGCAUGAGAUAUAAUGAAAAUUUGAUCUUCUCUUUGUUCAUAAA